AUGGAGCAAAGGUCUGUGCCCAUCGACUGUCAGCUUAAUUCAAUUCGACAUGAUCAAAUCAAGAAAAACAGGGAAAGAUUGCGACCUUUAGUUGAUGCUAUUUUACUUUGUGGUCGGCAAAACAUCGCAUUAAGAGGACACAGAGAUGAUUCUAAAUUCAUUGAACAGGCCAAUGUGAACACUGGUAACUUCCAAGAAAUUUUAAAAUAUGGUGCCAGGUGUGGAAAUUCUUCUUUAAAUGAUUAUCUCGACGCUGCUCCACGUAAUGCGACUUAUAGAUCAAAGACAACAGAGAAUCAGUUGAUCGAAAUUUGUGGAGACAUGCUAUCAUCUAGAAUAGUUGACGAGGUUAAACAUGCAAAGUAUUUUUCUAUCUUGAUGGAUGAAGCCACAGAUUGUGCAAAUAUCGAACAGAUGUCUUUGGUUAUUCGCUUUGUGGACAAGCAGUUCUUAAUUCGUGAAGAUUUCCUUGGAUUCAUUCCAUGCACACAGGGCCUAUCUGGUGAAGCAGUAGCUAAUGCAAUUUUAAAACACCUUAAACGUUUAAAAUUGUCAAUUGAUUAUUGUCGUGGUCAAGGCUAUGAUGGAGCAGGGAAUAUGGCCGGUAAAUAUUCUGGUGCAGCAGCCCGAAUAAUGGCUAUUCAAGAGAAAGCAGUGUAUGUGCAUUGUAAUUCGCAUAUUCUUAAUCUUUGUAUUGCAUCAUCUUGUAAAGAACAGUUCGUACGAAAUAUGAUGGAUGCAGUUCGUGUGACGUCCGAGUUCUUUCGAUUUUCCCCAAAACGUUUUGAUUUGCUAAAGAAGAUAAUUAAGAAAGAACUGCCCAACUGCCGUCACAAAGUUAUUAUCGACGUUUGUAAGACCAGGUGGGUGGCAAGGAUUGACGGUUUAUUAAAUUUUAUCGAAGCUUUCCCGGCUAUUGUUCAAUGUUUAGACGAAAUCAAGGAUAAUGUUGACGGGCACUGGAAUGACGGAUCAACUGAAAAAGCUAACGGUCUCUAUCACAGCAUCGUCAAUUUUCAGUUUAUUUUGGUCCUUGUAAUUGUUUCCGGCUUUCUGGAGAUAACCAGACCACUUACUGUUCAGUUACAAGAUUCUAGUCUAGAUGCAAAUGCAGCUCGUGAAAAGGUUUCUCUUUUGUUCGUUAUGUUGGAGAGGUUCCGAUCUGAUAUUGAAAGAAAGCAUGAAACGUGGUUCAAGAAUGCUGCUGACCUUGCUGAAGCUGUUGGUACUCUUCCUUCUAAGCCACGAACAACUCGUUUACAGAGUCACAGACCCAAUACUCCAGCAGAGUCCAUUUUGGAGUAUUAUCGUAGGGUUGUGUCCAUUCCUUUCCUGGAUCAUCUUAUUUCGGAAAUUAAAAAACGCUUUUCUGAAAGAAACUUAAACAUUUUGGAUGCCACAUAUGGAAUGCCAAAAAAUGUUUUGUAG